CCUCGACAGCCAAUCAGGGAGUGAGCGCGUGCCGGGGGUCUGCAGUAUAAAAGGCUGUCAGAUUGCUGGAAGCAGCACAAACCAAACUCCUCUCCUCUCGGCCUCAGUGUGUUGACAUCGGACCGCCUCAGCUGAACCAUGCAGUCUCCUGGAAAACCUCUGACGGAAGCGCUGCUCUGCGCCCGGAGCGAGGAGCGGCUCACCGUCGGCGUCUACGAGAGCGCCAAGAUCAUGACUGAUGACCCGGACAGCGUGUCCUUCUGCGUGCUGGCCACGGACGGGCGGUUCGAGUGCGACAUCGCGCUGCAGAUCCACUUCACCCUCAUCCAGUCGUUCUGCUUCGACAACGACAUCAGCAUCGUGCGCGUCAGCGACGUGCAGCGUCUGGCCCAGAUCGUCGGCGACGACAAGCAGCUGGAAGACGCGCACUGCGUCCUCAUCACGAACCCGGCCGACGGCUCGUGGGAGGACCCCGCUCUGGAGAAGCUGCACCUGUUCUGUGAGGAGAGCCGCCGUCUGAACGACUGGGUCCCGGAGGUCAGCCUCCCGGAGGUCAGCCUCCCCGGCCGCUGACCCGCCGGGACUCGGCUCCUCUCUUACGCUCGAGAUGCUGCGCAGCUUCUCAUCUGGAAAUGUAACUCAUCCUGACGAACAGGACGAGGCUUGUUUCUGCUCAUCCCUGGACGCUCCUGAGGAGGAUUCCCCGUCCAGGCUGCACGGCGCCGGGGCCGCCCCCUCCCGGAGGAGGAGGGGGGCCCCUCCCGUGAACCGUCGCCUCUCGUCCCGUCCAUGCCAAGAUGACUCUCAUUCUUUAUGUGAACGAGGUCGGGCAUGCCACGGGGGGCGACUCGUCGACCCUCAUUCUUUGUGCGGAUGAGGUCUGGAGAGGAAGGAGAAGCGACGCUCCCUGCGUCCCGCGGGUUCAGCCCCCGGAGAGCAGGAGCGACGCAUCGUUGACGCACGCGCAGCAGGAGAAGAAGCGGUGCGGAGGAGGAGGCGCCGGAUGAAAAGAGACUUUUUCAAACGGCGUCCUCUUCGCUGAGCAACACCACGACAACGUUGCCAUCAUCAGCGGAAAUGUUUCCCACUUUCCAGAAUUGUCUUAUAAUUCUCUAAAGGUUUCACUUUAGAAAUUUAACAAUGACAAAAAAAAAAAAAUAGUGAAAAAAGAAAGUGUCUAAAGGUUUCACUUUGGAUGUUUAACUUGGAGAAAAAAAUAAUUUUUUAAAUGAAAAAAAAGAAAGAAUUGAUUGAUUGAUUGUUGAAAACUGAAAAAUAAUAAUGAAAAAAGAAGCUAAAACUGAAAACAUGAAACUUCCUGAAGGUUUCACUGUUUGUUUUCUCUCUGUCGAAUGAAACAACUCGUUCACCACGUGUUUGAUUCUCUUGUGGGAUUUAAAGCCGAUAAAUAAAAAGAUUUGAAGGAA